GAAGCACAGAAGUUAUUUGAUGUGGCCAUCUAUACCAGUCUGACGGAGUUCAGAACACUUUUCGCCUCAUUCUCUGUAUUCCGCUUUUUAUCAGAGAUGCCCUUGCAGGUCAAGUAAAUCUCUCGCCCUCCAGAGAAGUAUCGAGUCUACAAAACAAGUAUCUUCACACAAAAUGGCUCCCCCAGGGCGGCGGAAGUCUUACCUGACCGCUCUUUUCCCUCUACUACUCCUACUCCUCCUUUCCAGCAGCGCUCACGCCGCUUCCGCCGUUCUCGGUAUAGACUUAGGCACCGAGUAUCUCAAGGCGGCGAUUGCAAAACCUGGCAGUCCGAUCGAGAUCGUUCUGUCGAAAGACUCGAAAAGAAGGGAAGCAGCUACACUUGCAUUCAAGCCAAUACGAGGACAAUUAAAUGACAAGGAUGUCUUUCCGGAGAGGCUAUACGGCGGAGAUGCCGUGGCACUGUCUGCUAGGUUUCCCACCGAUGUCUACCCUAAUCUGAAGACUUUGCUGGGCGUUGAAACUUCAUCGGACGCAGUCAAGGCUUAUUCCGCGAGAUAUCCUGGAUUGGACAUCGAGACAAUAUCAAGAUCUGGAGAUGCUGGCACUGUGGGAUUCAAGAGCCAUAGCUUUGGCAAGAGAAAUGAGGUCUUCAUGGUUGAGGAACUGCUCGCGAUGGAGUUGAAAAAUGUUCGAAGUAAUGCAGAAGCAAUGGUUCCUAAAGGCACCCAUGUUACCGAUGUAGUCAUCACGUACCCUGCGUUCUACACCGCGGAGGAGAAGCGAGCUAUAGAAUUGGCAGCCGAUCUCGCAGGACUGAGAGUACUGGGUUUGAUCAGCGACGGGCUUGCUGUUGGUUUGAACUACGCAACCCAUCGCACCUUUGAAAGUGCCUCCGAUGGAGGAAAACCAGAACACCACCUUGUAUACGACAUGGGUGCAGGUUCAACCACAGCAACAGUUCUCAAGUUUCAGUCCAGGACCGUCAAGGGGCCAAUGAAGCGCAACCAAACUUUCCAAGAAGUGAUUGUGUUAGGAACUGGGUAUGAUACAACGCUUGGUGGAGACUCUAUGAAUGAUCUUAUCGUCGAAGACAUUGUCAGUCGGUUCUUGGCAAGUCCCAAGGCUCAGAAGUUGAACCUCAAAGAAGACCAAGUGCGCAAACAUGGAAAGACAAUGGCUAGGAUCUGGAAGGACGCGGAACGGAUGCGACAGCUCUUAAGCGCUAACGCAGCGUCCUCGGCGACUUUCGAAGGGCUCUACGACGACGACAUUAAUUUCAAGUAUAGUCUGACUAGAGAGCAAUUUGAAGAACUCACCACAAGUCACGCAGCUCGAGUCGCCUCUCCGCUCGGGGUGGCGCUGGAAUCAGCAGGUCUUACGCUUGACGAAGUCGACUCAGUCAUUUUACAUGGCGGCGCCGUUAGAACGCCCUUCGUCCAAAAGCAGCUUGAGAAAGUGGCUGGUGGAUCUGGCAAGCUAAAGGCAAAUGUCAAUGCUGAUGAGGCAGCAGUCAUGGGCGCAGGCUUCAAAGCAGCCUCCUUAAGCUCGAGUUUCAGAGUCAAGGACAUUCGGGAUACCGAUAUUGCAGGGAGCACAGUCACACUGAAGUGGCCUUCCGACGAAAAGGAAAGAUCCCAAAAGCUUUUCAUGCCUUCAUCCCAGAUUGGUGCCGAGAAGCAGGUUCCACUCAAGGCACUCGAAGACAUCAAGUUGAGUUUCAUCCAAACAGCCCAGGGCAAGGAUAUUCCAAUUCUUGAUGUCGAAGCAACCAACCUGACCAAGUCCGUGGCAACAUUAAAAGACAAGCAUGACUGUGGCGCCACAAACAUCACCACAGCCUUCACCGUUCGACUUAGUCCCCUCGAUGGACUGCCCGAGGUGCUAUCUGGACUGGUCAGCUGCGAGGCUAAUAACAGCAAGUCGGGGACAGUGAUGGACAACGUCAAGGGACUUUUCGGGUUCGGAUCAAAGAAAGAUGACGAGCAAAAGGUGCUCGAGGAUGAUACCGAAAGUGACGAGAGCUCCACCAAAGUCACUCCAUUGCCAGUUUCAGACCCGACGAGCUCAGGAACGACCGUGUCCGAAGCCUCGCCCACAAUCGCAGGUUCAUCGUCAGCAUCGACUACCAAAUCAGCAAAGUCCACGCCGUCUGUAAUUUCGAUUCCUCUCGCCCUGAGAUCGACCAUGGUAGGUCGUAAUGCCCCACCAACACAGGCCUUGGCCAAGUCACGACAGAGAUUGACACAAUUUGACACCUCGGAUCGAAAUGCGAUUCUUCGUGCCGAAGCGUUGAACACACUCGAGGCCUUCACCUAUAGGGCCCGUGAUUACCUGGAGGAUGAGUCCUUCAUUCAGGCGUCGAGCGUGUCGACACGGAAAGCACUGGAAAAACAGCUCGCCACUAUCUCCGACUGGCUUUACGGUGAUGGUGCAGACGCCAAAGUCCAAGACUUCAAGGAUAGGUUGAAGCAGCUUCACAACCUGGUUGACCCUGUUCUGAAGCGUCAAGAUGAAGCGCUGAAGCGGCCCGACGCUAUCAAAGCCUUGGAAGACGGCUUAGAUAACAUGAGCGGUAUGAUCAAGAUGGUCGAAGGUAAUAUUCAAAAAGCGAUGGAAGAGUCAGCAUCAAGUGCGAGCGCGACAGCAUCAUCCAUUGCCUCUAGCGCCACUACCAGCUCUUCAACACAAGCGGGAGAGGGUGAUGAUCUCGAAGAUGACCCCUACAGCACGUCUUCAGCGGCCGCAGCGGCCGAAACAGAAGAGCCUCCCGUAAUAAAACCUUACGAAUACACGAAGGAAGAUUUGUCGUCACUGACAACAAAGUAUGAUACGGUCAAGGCAUGGCUAGAUGAGAAGACGAAACUUCAAGAUAAGUUAGGUCCGUCAGAUGAUCCAGCUAUCUUGGUGUCUGAGUUGGAGACACGCAGACAAGAGCUCCAGAAGGCGGUCUCGGAGGUCAUCAUGAAAGCUGUCAAAUUCCAAGACAUUCCACGGAAGCCCAAAGGCAAUAAGAAGGGAAAGACGAAAACCAAGAAGAGCAAGUCUUCGGGCGAGAGUGUGAGCAAGACAGCUGGCAGCUCGUCAUCGGCGGCUGGAGCCUCGUCGACAGGGACGCCAAAGAGUGUCAAAGAUGAACUCUAGAUGAUAUUUUGUUAGCGUAAAUUUGAAUCAUUUGAACGAACUUGGAAGAUGUGAUCAUGUUUACAAAAGAGGGGGCCAAAACACCACACGGUGAACAUGCUCAAGAUGAAAAGUGCAAGUACAAGAUUGUAGGCAUAUCCAGGCUGGUUGGUGGGCCACCUUAGCAUGUACUCUGUAGGAAUACUGUACAA